CAUUGUCGAUCUAAACACUAGGACGUUAUCAGAGGUUAUCGUGCUCUCGGCUGCUGUCCUUAUCCCUGCUACUUUUCGGAGUGUCGGAGCAGACCCUAUGGCGCAACUCGCGAUCAACGCGGCCAGCCGCACCAUGCUCUCAAAAGCCCUUGGGCAACAACGUCUUACUCCCAAGUGUGUGCCCCAUCUAGCUGUCUCUCGCCACGCUCAUGUGGUCCAAGGAGUGCCGCAGCGUCGCAACGCGCGGGACACCAUCGCGCAGCGCUCUGUAAUUGCCCGGGGAAAGGUCGAGAAGAUCUCAGGCGAGCAGCUCGAAGUAGAAAUUGCAAACCGCGAUACCACAAUCGUUGUGGACUUCUUCGCGACCUGGUGCGGCCCCUGCCUGCUGCUAGCCCGGGAGCUGGAACAGGUCGCCGAGGAGUUGUCCGGCAAGGUCAAGGUGGUGAAGAUCGAUGUGGACGAGAACCCCGACCUCUCCAACAUGCUGCGGAUCCAGGGCCUGCCCACCAUCGUCUUCAUCCCCAAGGAGAACGGCAAGCCAGCGCUGCGCACCGAGGGCUGGCUGCCCGCCGCGCAGAUCAAGGAGAUCCUGGAGCAGCUGGAGACCGGCGCCACUCCGCAACAGCAGCAGGGGGGGCAGGAGCAGGGGGAGCCGCAGCAGCAGUAAAGCUGCAGAGGCGGUGAAGCAGGAGCAGGCGCGAGGGCACCACAGCAGCAGCGGCUGCCGGUUGAGGGCUUCUAGGGUGGGGGCGAACCAUCCCAUGGCAAAAGACAGGGCAGGGGCGCAGCGGGCUCUACUGUAUCUUACCUGAGCCGCUGAGAGCGCCCACAUCAGCAUCUGGAUCCGGACCUGGGUUUGGCGGCAGCAGUGCCGUACAGUGGUGGCCAGCAGGUGGCAUGCGACCACCGCCCGGUCUCCUCACCCUGCACACCGGACUAGCCGCACAAGACACCUGGUUGGGGGGGCCGCGGUGGGGGCUCGUUGCUGCUGUGGUGGCGGCGGGUGCUUCACCGGUCGGAUUUUGCUGCUGCUGCUGUUGUUGUUGUCGCAUGUUGGAGGCGACCGGCCGCGCUACCCCGGCGGCUGUCCGGGGUGGUGAUGGGAUGGGUGGUGGGUUGCUUUUAAGUGCCUUGCUGCAUGUGGAUGGAUGCGUGCAGCC